AUGUCUGAAUCAUCGAGCCCCGCGCAUGUGCCUGAUGGACAACCAAACCCAGUACUUGUCGGGCCAGGGAUGAAGGCUUUGCGUGAUGAAGCAUAUUCCAAAGCUACCAAUGCGACACCGAGCUUGGAUACAGAUAAAACACAUCCGGUCGAUAGUGAUGCGCCUUCAUACUUCGCCGGCAUCCCAGGGACCAGGACUGAGUCAAUGGACUCAUCAGAUUUGGCCACAUCGGGGGCUGAAUCCCGAAGAAAAACAUCCGCAGGGGAGGACCUACUUCGUCGUUUAAGCUUAACAGGACCAGCUUCGCCGAUGUCGCCAGGUAUCGACCCGCGUGAGGAACAUCCUGGACUACGCCUGAGUGGCCGAGUGAUUAGUGCCGCCUUCUGUAUUCCCUACAAACUCUACUUCAAAGCAGGCUCAGACUGGAUCGUGAAACCCCGGUCUGGCACCUCGGCUUUAUUCGACUCCUUUGCUCAUCUGGCAUCCGAUGAGACCCAUUGGUCACAUACCCUUAAGUUGAACCAAUCCUGGAAAGCAAGGUCCCUCUCCAACCAAUCACCUCCAACGCGGCAAGCAAAUUGCCCCCCUAGCUCCAACAACGCGAAUAUUCCCAUCAACAAAGCGGCCGCGCCUGUUCCCGUCAAUGCAAGUCAGCAACUACCCUCAAACCCCCUCGUUGAUGGAAUCAGCGUUGGUCGGGAAGAAAGAGAAGCACUUGAUCGUCAAUUGAAAACGGGCCGAUACGGCAAAGUCUUACCUGUCUGGCUGUCAGACGCCCAAGAGGAGCCGCAAGACACCGUCUUGCUCAAAGACCAAGGUCGAUGGCGCCGAUAUGCCGAGAGGGAAUUAUACCCUCUUCUGCAUUACAAGCAACAUGGGCCGACAGACGGGCGCUCGGAGCGGCGCUGGUGGGCUGAUUACACCCGCUUGAACCAGCUAUUCGCAGAUCGUAUCGCGGCAGAAUACCAAGAAGGCGACGUCGUAUGGAUCCAUGACUACCACCUGUUCCUUCUUCCAAGUUUACUGCGCCAACGCAUUCCCAACGUCUACAUCGGAUUUUUCUUGCACUCGCCCUUCCCCAGCAGUGAAUUCGUACGCUGUCUCGCCAAGCGCAAGGAAGUCUUGACUGGAGUCCUUGGCGCCAACAUGAUUGGAUUCCAGACCUUCUCGUACUCUCGGCACUUCUCUUCAUGUUGCACGCGGGUGUUAGGCUUCGAAUCUAAUUCGGCCGGGGUGGAUGCAUACGGCGCCCACGUUGCCGUGGAUGUCUUCCCUAUCGGAAUCGAUGCACGAGCUAUCCAGAAGGCUGCGUUCGGGGGUUCGGAUAUCGAAACCGCAGUAGCAGGCAUUCGCAAGCUAUAUGCGGGGAAGAAAAUCAUCGUUGGACGUGACCGACUGGAUAGCGUUCGAGGCGUGGCACAGAAACUACAAGCAUUCGAGGUGUUCCUAGAGCGGUAUCCCGACUGGCGUGACAAAGUUGUCCUCAUCCAGGUGACAAGUCCAACCAGCGUGGAGGAAGAAAAGGAGGAUCCCGAGAACACUAUUGCCGGUCAGAUUUCGAAUCUGGUUUCUACGAUCAACGGCCGGUUCGGUUCAUUGAGCUUCUCGCCUGUUCAAUACUACCCGCAAUACCUGUCGCAGUCUGAAUAUUUUGCUCUCCUACGUGUCGCCGACGUCGGUCUCAUUACCACAGUACGAGAUGGCAUGAACACAACAAGUCUGGAGUAUAUCGUUUGCCAGCAGACAAACCACAGUCCACUCAUCCUCUCGGAAUUCUCUGGUACCGCGGGUACCCUGCCUAGUGCCAUAAACAUCAACCCGUGGGACUUGGUGGGUGUCGCCGGAGCCAUCGACAAAGCCCUCCACAUGCCUGCUGAGCAACGCAAAGAACAACAUAUGAAACUCUAUAAACAUGUUAUCACCAACACAGUUGCCACCUGGUCACGACAGUUCCUGAAUCGCUUACUAACCAAUCUAUUAUCCUUCGAUCAAUCCGUCGCCACGCCCGCGCUUGAUCGAGCCAAGGUCGUCAAGCAGUACCGCAAAGCCCGCAGACGUCUUUUCAUGUUCGACUAUGACGGUACCCUGACUCCGAUCGUCAAGGACCCACAGGCGGCCAUUCCGUCCGAUCGAGUAUUACGCACCCUCAAGAGUCUCUCAGCCGACCCCCGAAAUGCAGUCUGGAUCAUCAGCGGCAGAGACCAAGCCUUCUUGGAUGAGUGGAUGGGACACAUUCCAGAGCUUGGCCUCAGUGCAGAGCACGGCUGCUUCAUCCGCCAACCUCGCUCAGACGACUGGGAGAACCUGGCAGAUCAGACCAACAUGGGCUGGCAGAAGGAAGUGGUAGAUGUUUUCCAGCACUAUACCGAGCGAACGCAAGGAGCCUUCAUUGAGCGCAAGCGAGUGGCAUUGACAUGGCACUAUCGUCGCGCUGACCCAGAGUAUGGAGCCUUCCAGGCCCGCGAGUGCCGCAAGGCCCUUGAGGAUACCGUCGCCAAAAGAUGGGAUGUGGAAGUUAUGGCAGGCAAGGCCAACUUGGAGGUCCGACCAACAUUCGUCAACAAAGGAUUUAUCGCUACGCGGUUGGUGAAUGAAUAUGGGCCGGAACCCGGAAAGGCACCCGAAUUUGUCUUGUGUCUGGGCGAUGACUUUACGGACGAAGACAUGUUCCGCGCGCUCAAGAAAUCCGGUUUGCCCCAAGACCAUGUUUACUCGGUCACUGUGGGCGCCAGCUCGAAACAAACGGACGCUAGCUGGCAUCUUCUUGAGCCGGCAGACGUCAUUAGUACGAUCCAGCUGCUUAAUAGCAGUUCGAACCAAGAUCACUGA